CCCAGUAAGGAAUUUAAACACAAUGUAUACACACUUCAGUAACAUCGGCUGUCGACGAGUUACCUGUAUCGAUUGGAUUAAAACGUAAACAUCAACAGAUGCCCUCAUACAGGUGUGUGUACCAGGUGAGGUGUGGAGCGGUUAUAAGCAGUGGUCCUAGGAAAUCUCUGAUGACUCUAUCCUCUUCAUCCUCAUCCUCCUCAUCGGAGUAAUACUACUUUACAACCGGUAUACAGGGUUCGAUAGAGUGAUCAACCUUAGGAAGGUGACAUAUUGAUUUAGCUUUUAAUCUGACAAUGCCGUCUUUCUGGAAAAUAUUGUGCUUCCCGAAUCAUCGACCUGGGAAUAAAAAUAACACUACGUCCAAGCGUUCACGGGAACGAGACAAAUUCAGAGGAAGACCUCGAUCAGAGCUUACACGCGGAUUACAACCGGAAGUUGUAAACGACAUCCACGACCAGUUUCCUGCACCGGAAGUAGAGGAUGAUACAUUUAGAGAUGUUAACCGGGACAGUCAGAAAGGUCUCAUAGACGACAAUAAAACCAAAAAACGACGUCGUGUUCAGGAUAUCUUUAAUCCCGACUUUAAAAAGGACGAGUCUCUUUCGACGUCAGUGAUUGGUCAUAACGGUGGACGAACUUACGGGGCAUUUGAUUAUUCGAGACACCAGCACGUGCGUCGUGCGCCAAGUCAUAGAGAAUUCGGUAGCGGUUAUACUCCGCAUGGAUGUCGCCAGAACGCGAACAACCAAGUAGAAAGUAUGUAUAGAUAUGUUCCAAAAGCUGUGCAAAACGUGUACGCUUCAAAAGCUCUAGAAGGCAAACAGAUGGACGAUUUCUUCAACAGGCUGCACAGAGAAAGUUCAAUGACUCAUUUUGCAGCCAAACCACUGCAGUUAGCAAACGAGAUUGUAAUGCAAUCUCCUCCCAAGUCUACUUCCGGUCAUAAUGACGACAAAGCUUCUUUAAUUCCCCAAACGGAAAUUGAAUCUGGGAGUGAUAUUUUGAAUGAUGUUAUGGAUGCUGAUGACGACUACAAUGGAAAUGUUUUGCUAAACAUGGCCCCAAGGUCACGAGCACUGAACACAAAUUUUGAGCAGAUAUGGAACAGCACCGGCGAAGUACUCUACUAACGUCAUGCCGAUGAGAUGUGAGCAUGCGCGUGUGUGACACAGAUUUAACGUUCAUACCGAUUCUUGUUAUACAUUGUCCGUUUGCCCCCAUGUAUGUUGUAUUCAUUCCAGUAUGUGUUGUGCUGUCCUAACGUUCCUAGUGUACACAAUUAAUGCUCUACUGUAUGUUCGUCCUUGUGUAGAUAAUAAGCCAAAUGUUCGACCUUCUGUAAACAAUAAGUCGUAUAUUAGUUCUUGUGUAGACCAUGUGUCGUAUAUUCGUCCUAGUGUAGACCAUGUGUCGUAUAUUCGUCCUAGUGUAGACCAUGUGUCGUAUGUUCGUCCUAGUGUCGACCAUGUGUCGUAUGUUCGUCCUAGUGUCGACUAUGUGUCGUAUGUUUGUCCUAGUGUAGACCAUGUGUCGUAUGUUCGUCCUAGUGUAGACCAUGUGUCGUAUGUUCGUUCUAGUGUAGACCAUGUGUCGUAUAUUCGUCCUAUUGUAGACCAUGUGUCGUAUGUUCGUCCUAGUGUAGACCAUGUGUCAUAUAUUCGUCCUAGUGUAAAUGAUAAGCUGUAUAUUCGUCCUAGUGUAGACAAAACGUCGUAUUAUCGUCCUCGUGUAGACCAUGUGUCGUGUGUUAGUUCUAAUGUCGACCAUGUGUCGUAUUAUCGUCCUAGUGUAGACAAAGCGUCGUAUUAUCGUCCUCGUGUAGACCAUGUGUCGUAUGUUCGUCCUAGUGUAGACAAUCUGUCGUAUGCUUGUCCUAGUGUAGACCAUGUGUCGUAUAUUCGUCCUAGUGUCGACCAUGUGUCGUAUUAUCGUCCUCGUGUAGACAAUCUGUCGUAUGUUCGUCCUAGUGUAGACCAUGUGUCGUAUGUUCGUCCUUGUGUAGACCUUGUGUCGUAUAUUCGUCCUUGUGUAGACCAUGUAACGUAUGUUCGUCCUAGUGUAGACCUUGUGUCGUAUAUUCGUCCUUGUGUAGACCAUGUGUCGUAUAUUCGUCCUAGUGUAGACUAUAAGUUGUAUAUUCGUCCUAGUAUAGACCAUGUGCCGUAUAUGUUUGUCCUCGUGUAGACCAUGUGCCGUAUGUUCGUCCUAGUGUAGACCAUGUGUCGUAUGUUCGUCCUAGUGUAGACAAAGCGUCGUAUAUUCGUCCUAGUGUAGACUAUAAGUUGUAUAUUCGUCCUAGUAUAGACCAUGUGCCGUAUAUGUUUGUCCUCGUGUAGACCAUGUGCCGUAUGUUCGUCCUAGUGUAGACCAUGUGUCGUAUGUUCGUCCUAGUGUAGACAAAGCGUCGUAUAUUCGUCCUAGUGUAGACCAUGUGUCGUAUAUUCGUCCUCGUGUAUACCAUGUGUCGUAUGUUCGUCCUAGUGUAGACCAUGUGUCGUAUGUUCGUCCUAGUGUAGACCAUGUGUCGUAUGUUCGUUCUAGUGUAGACCAUGUGUCGUAUGUUCGUUCUAGUGUAGACCAUGUGUCGUAUAUUCGUCCUAGUGUAGACCAUGUGUCGUAUGUUCGUCCUAGUGUAGACCAAGUGUCGUAUGUUCGUCCUAGUGUAGACCAUGUGUCGUAUAUUCGUCCUAGUGUAGACCAUGUGUCGUAUGUUCGUCCUAGUGUAGACCAAGUGUCGUAUGUUCGUCCUAGUGUAGACCAUGUGUCGUAUAUUCGUCCUAGUGUAGACCAUGUGUCGUAUAUUCGUCCUAGUGUAGACCAUGUGUCGUAUGUUCGUCCUAGUGUAGACCAAGUGUCGUAUGUUCGUCCUAGUGUAGACCAUGUGUCGUAUAUUCGUCCUAGUGUAGACCAUGUGUCGUAUGUUUGUCCUAGCGUAGACAAAGCGUCGUAUAUUCGUCCUAGUGUAGACCAUGUGUCGUAUGUUCGUCCUAGUGUAGACCAUGUGUCUUAUAUUCGACCUAGUGUAGACCAUAAGUUAUAUAUUUGUCCUAGUGUAGACCAUGUGUCGUAUGUUCGUCCUAGUGUCGACCAUGUGUCGUAUAUUCGUCCUCGUGUAUACCAUGUGUCGUAUAUUCGUCCUUGUGUAGACAAUGUGUCGUAUGUUCGUCCUAGUGUCGACCAUGUGUCGUAUAUUCGUCCUAGUGUAGACCAUGUGUCGUAUAUUCGUCCUAGUGUAGACCAUGUGUCAUUUAUUCGUCCUAGUGUAGACCAUAAGUUGUAUAUUCGUCCUAGUGUAGACCAUGUGUCGUAUAUUCGUCCUAGUGUAGACCAUGUGUCGUAUAUUCGUCCUAGUGUAGACCAUGUGUCGUAUAUUCGUCCUAGUGUAGACCAUGUGUCGUAUGUUCGUCCUAGUGUAGACCAUGUGCCGUAUAUGUUCGUCCUUGUGUAGACCAUGUGUCGUAUAUUCGUCCUAGUGUAGACAAUAAGUCGUAUGUUCGCUAUAUUAUGUUUUGUUUGUCCAUUGUUCGUGAGGAUGUUGGUUUUCUGUUAACAUAUUAAAAUUCUCGUUGUUUCUUUCAUAAAUGUACAUGUAAAAAAACUGAGAAAAUAUUUAUAUAGUAAAUGUCAAACUAUUCGGUAACUACAUCUAGGAACUAUAUUGUGUGAAUUUAAUUUGCGUUCAUCUGGUAAGUUUGUACAGAAGGAAGUUAGAGUUGUCGAACUUACUAUGAACCUUUUAAAAUAAGUCAAUAAAGAGGGACUACCGAUGUACAGGCAUGAGCUAGCCGCCAUUACUGACAACCAUGUAUGUGUUGUCAGCUGACGUUCAUGAAACCCAGACGGUGUCCAUUGUGUAAUGAAGGAAACUUGAGAUAUUGUUUGUAAAUACAUAUUGAGGAACUAGUCAGUUAGGUGUGAGUGUGAAAUGUCUAUUUUAUAUAGUGCCAAAUUAUAAAACACAAGCGGUGCAGCUCGUAAACUACCAACAUAUGUUAUAUAAAAAUUAAAUAAUAACCAUGUUUACUCCUUUGUACUUUAAAAAAUCUUCAGAAAGAGAGAUCGAGAGAUCGAGAAGGGGAAUUGAGAGGAGAGAGAGAGAGAGAGAGAGAGAGAGAGAGAGAGAGAGAGAGAGAGAGAGAGAGAGAGAGAGAGAGCAGAGAGAGUGAGAGAGAUUUCAUAUUUAUUUAUUGAUCAUGUAUUCACAGUAUGUAACUGAAAAUGAAAACGAAAAUGACUCUAUAUUAGUGUACAUGUUGUAGUUUGCAAUAAAGAAUUGCUAAUAGA